UGACUAAAGCUAGUUUGGCCUCCCCACUAUAGCUCGUGCCUGCCUCUUGUUCGAUGCGCAUUCCGGAUCAUCAUCAUCAUCAUCAUCAUAUCAUCAGUCAUCAUCAAUCAUCAUCGUAAUCCUACUCCUCUGUCUCCAGCUGCGCCGUUUUCCACUCACAGCACAACGGCGACGUUCUCUAUCAUGUCAGCGAACAUGCGUAAUUGCCGCUCCCAAGAACUGGCAAGAUUUUUGCGAAAAUGCAUGCCAGUGUUUCGUGUUUUGUAGGUCGUGAACGCCACUUCGGGACUCGGCAGUGGAUUAAGUUACGGUUGGAUUAUUGGCCUGCUCUUUCUUGUUUCGCAGUUUCACGCUAAGUCGCCGAAAAGAAGCCAGGCAAAAUGUCUUUCCGGCGAGGUGUGGUGCGGCAGAGCAAGUUCCGCCACGUCUUCGCGCAGGCGUGGAAAGCCGAGCACUGCCUGGACGACGUGCGAGUGUCGCGGGUGACGUGGGACGGCCCGCUGAGCGCCGUCAACCCCAAGUUCAUGGCCGUCAUCAUCGAAGCGGGAGGCGGCGGGGCUUUCCUUGUGGUCCCCAUCGGCAAGAGCGGCAGGAUCGACCAGUCAUGCCCGACGGUUUGUGGCCACGUCGCGCCAGUAUUAGAUAUUCAGUGGUCUCCUCAUGACGACAAUAUCAUAGCGAGCGCUUCGGAGGACUGCACCGUAAAGGUUUGGCAGAUCCCCGACGGGGGCUUGACGGCACCAAUGACCGAAGCUGUGGUCACUUUGGAGGGGCACAGUAAAAGGGUGGGCAUCUUGGCCUGGCACCCGACUGCUUUCAACAUCCUCUUAACUGCAGGCUGCGACAAUGUCAUUGUGGUGUGGAACGUCGGCACGGGGGAACUGCUGUACCAACUGGCCGACGCCCACCCGGACCUGAUCUACAGUGUUAGCUGGAACAAGAACGGAAAUGCCAUCUGUACCGUGUGCAAGGACAAGGCGCUGCGCAUCAUUGACCCGCGGAGGGGCGUUGUCCUCAAGGUGAGAGAAAAAGUCCAUGACGGCACCAGACCCAUGCGAGCCGUGUUCCUCUCCGACGGCAAGAUCUUGACCACAGGCUUCAGCCGGAUGAGUGACAGACAAGUGGCGCUAUGGGAUACGAAAGAUCUCUCAGAGCCAAUGGCAGUGCAGGAAAUGGAUACAAGCAAUGGCGUUCUUAUCCCCUUUUAUGACCCAGACACCAACAUGGUGUACCUGUUGGGCAAGGGAGACUGCACCAUUCGCUACUUUGAGGUGACAGACGAAUCUCCCUAUGUCCACUUCCUGAGUCUAUACAGCAACAAGGAGCCCCAGAGAGGGGCGGGCUUCCUCAGUAAACGAGGGGUGGACGUCAACAAAUGUGAAAUUGCCAGGUUCUACAAAUUGCAUGAAAGGAAAGUGGAGCCCAUUUCAAUGACCGUACCAAGAAAGUCUGAUCUCUUCCAAGGGGACCUUUACCCGGACACGGCCGGCUUAGAGCCCGCGCUACUGGCCGACGAAUGGAUUGCCGGCAGGGACGCGCCGCCCUUGCUGGUGUCCCUAAGCGGAGGCUAUGCAGCGCCGCCGUCCAAGCACCGCGACACGCUCAGAAGCAAGCCCAAGAUGGCCUCGCAGGACUCCGUACCGGCGGCGGCCCCCGUCGCCAAGGAGCCCGAGGACGAUCAACCACGUGCGGCCACCAGGGAAACGGGCGGCAACACAGAGAGGCCAAAGCGAGAGGACGACAUUCUGAACGAGCUGCUGUCGGAGAUGAAGGCACUGCGUGCCGUGGUGCUCGCUCAGAGCCAGCGCAUCGAGUUGUUGGAGAGGCAGUUGGCUCGCAUCGAGGACGGCGACGUAUGAACGAACGCCUUUCGCUCUCCCGUAGAAGAACAACCUCUAGGGCUAUUUAAUCAGGUAGUUGAACGCUGCUGAACUGUAAUCAAAUCCAAGACCUCAAUUUUACCAUGUAGCACGUAACCUCAUCUGAUACGACACUCUAUGAUUUGAGGCUCGUGGAAGAAGAAAAAUCCGACUGUGAAGACUAGCUGAUGAGUUUUGUGAUUUUAGAUCUUGGUGUCAGAUGAACGUGGAUUUUCUUGUAUGGCUGUUCAAGAUUUUUUUUUUUUUUGCUUUUAUUUAGAUUUUGAUUGAUUUGUUACUCAGUCUGUUGUACAUUCCCAACUUAAUGCACUGAUCACAACACUUUGGAUGUGUUUGUAGCAAAUGGAAUAAAGUGUCGUUUGUAUUCACGCAA